CCUCGGUUUGCAGCCACGCAAAUUUUGAAACCGAAAUGGACAAGAUCGAGUACACCAGGAGAUGCGGACGCAGAAAAGGCAAAGACGAGAAGAGGGGAAAGAUGAUAAAGGACUCUUUUAUUUCUUGAAAUGCAAGGAUUGUUGUAUUAACCCAGAAAUAGGAACAAUUUGGGAAAAGUUCAGGCAAUAUUUUUGCACUUUCGCCCCUCAAACAGGAAACAAAUUUGGUACUCUAUCGACCGCCUAUAAUAACGAUUACACUGCUAUAAUCGCAAACUUUGAUCUUAAGGGUGCUAAGGGUCCUAUUAUCCAAGGGUCCGCUGUUAUCGGUUAUCAAGGUUGGCUGGCUGGUUACCAAGCGGCUUUUGAUGCUGAAAAUAAGAAGUUAACGAAAAAUAACUUCACCCUUGGAUUCUCAACUGGCGAUUUUAUCCUUCACACCAAUCUCGAUUUAAGCGAAUUUGAUGAUAACAUUUACCAGAGGGUGUCCCCUCGACUUGAGACUGCUAUUCAGUUGGCGUGGUCUUCUGGAAGUGACGACAUCAAGUUGGGAACCAUACCAAGAAACACCAGUCAAAUUGGUUUGGGCUAUAAACAACGUUUAAGAGACGGUAUCACAUUGACUCCAUUGGCUUUGAUUGGUGGGAAAAACAUUAACGGUGGUGGCCACAAAUUCAGUCUCAACCUUGAACUUGACGCCUAA